AUGGGGCCUUCUGGGUACUCAACAGCAAAAGCAUACCUUCCACACGAUUGCUCCUUUUGUGAAGGAGGUGAAGGAUUGUUUUCCCACUAUGGGCGCAUGGCAACUGGUGGUGACACUGUGUCAAGACUACCAUCUGAAAGUUUCCAAGAAAAUGGUUUUGGCAUAUCUCAACCUCAUGGUGCCAGAAGCCAUCAACUUUUGCAAACGGAAGUGCUUCCAUCGGAAAAGGUUCUGGUCAGCCAGGGUGAUGGAUAUCUGGUUGUGCGACCAGCACGACAAAUGGAAGUAGUGUUCGCAGGUCCAGUUAAGUCCAGUUUUUUACCUCAAAACGACGCAACUGGCAACCGCAACCGGUCUAGACCGAUCCAAAUAUUGAGGGACCGCAACCGGACCGCUUUGGACCGGUCUUUUUCGGUCCACAACGCAAAAAAAACCGGUCCAGACCGGUUGCGACCGGUCUUUUGUUGA